AUGGACUACAGCAGGCUGAAUGCCAACAUCAACACGGGCAACAUCAGCACCGACGACUUUCUGGCCGUGUUCACGACCAGUUCCACAGCAGCCACAGGCGGGCCACCCAACGGCACGCGAUACCCGGACACCCUCAAUCCCCCGCUCCUGACCGUAGAUGGCCAACUGACGGUGCCGGGCCUGCUCGACCAGUCCGCCACGGGAUCGGGUGCGGGGUACAUCAAUGUGAACGACACGAUAUACCUGCUGAAUGGCAGCUUCUACAACAGCACCCUGCAGCUGGCGGGCAGCUACUACAACCAGAGCGGCGGAGCGGGCAACCUGAGUGGGGGCUACGGCCUCAUGGGCAACGGCAGCAAUGUCACGGAGGUGCAUUGGGAUGGCCGCUAUCCGAGCGGGUACACGCUCACGCACAUAGUGAUUGCCUCGAUCAUUGUGACCAUUCUAAUGAUCAUCAUUGUGGUGGGCAACAUGCUGGUGAUCAUCGCCAUUGCGACGGAGAAGUCGCUGAAGAACAUACAGAACUGGUUCAUCGCCUCGCUGGCGGUGGCCGACUUCUUUCUGGGCCUCAUCAUAAUGCCCUUCUCGCUGGCCAACGAGCUGAUGGGCUACUGGAUCUUCGGCAGCUGGUGGUGCGACAUUCACUCCGCGAUGGACGUGCUGCUCUGCACCGCCUCGAUCAUGAACCUCUGCCUCAUCUCGCUCGAUCGCUACUGGAGCAUCACCAAGGCCGUCGACUAUCUGAAGUCGCGGACGCCGGCCCGUGCCGCUGUCAUGAUUACGGCGGUGUGGAUUAUGUCGGCACUCAUCUGCAUCCCACCGCUGCUCGGGUGGAAGGUAAAGAUGCCCGAGGGACCGCUGCCCAAGUGCGAGCUGAGCGAGGACAUCGGCUAUGUGCUGUACUCAGCGCUGGGCUCCUUCUAUAUACCCAGCUGCAUUAUGGUCUUUGUGUAUAUACGAAUUUACUUUGCCGCCAAGGCGAGGGCGCGGCGAGGCAUCAAAAAGCAUCCGCGCAAAACAAACAACGAACAGGUAACGAGCUUCACCACCGCCAACAAGAAAGGAACAAUACCGAUGCCAUCCUCCAGCGGCGCCUCCGCGCUGCAGCUGCACCAGCAGCGACAGAUAGCCACCAUCGAGACACCACCGAACAGUGCCACGCUGCCGAUGCAAAUACCAACGGUAACCAUGGACCUCGCCUCGGACAUAUCCACCUCCGAGGCGGGCGAGCUGGAGGCUGUGGCCGCCCAGACAGUCCUAGCCUACGCCAAUGCCAAUGCCAAUGCCAGUGCCAAUCCCAAUGGUGGCGCGAAUGCGGUCAGCGUGUCGGGUGGCCUGUGCUCGCCCAGCUCACCGAAGGAGACGCUGCAGGUCAGCACCAUAGCCACGGGCCACGUUGGCCUCAAUGUGCCCGUGCCACCGUCCAUGGGCAGCAACAACUCCAUCAACGCCCUCAACAACAACAAUGGCAGUGUGGAGGCUGCCAACAGCGUCGCUGGCGGCGGUGGCGGGGUCGGGGCUGGCGGAGCCAGUGGAGCCGCUUUGGGUACCACCGUGACGUCUAGCAACGAGCUGAGAGUGUCGCCGAUCGUCGGACGGUGUCGGGCGCUAUCCGUGGGCGUUGACACGGACAUGGUGAGUGAAUUCGAUCCUUCCAGCUCGGACUCGGGCGUGGUCAGUCGCUGUGCCGUGGUCAAGCCGCUCAAGUUUCGCCUUUGCCAGCCGAUCUUUGGACGCAAAUCGAACCAGCAGCGGCGCAACGAGUCCAAGGCAGCCGCCGCGGCCUCAGCCAAGAGUCCGACCCCGGCCGCGGCAUCAGCCAAGAACCAGCAGCAGCAGCAUGUGGUCAAGGCCGAGCUUGAGCCGGCCAUUCCGAAGACGCCGAAGCCGCGGGAUCCGGAGAAGGAGAAGCGGCGGAUAGCACGCAAGAAGGAGAAGCGGGCCACACUCAUCCUGGGCCUGAUCAUGGGCAGCUUCAUUGCCUGCUGGCUGCCCUUCUUCUUCCUGUACAUCCUGGUGCCGGCCUGUAGCAGCCACUGCAACAUACCGGAGUCGGCGUUCGCCAUCGCCUUCUGGCUGGGCUACAUGAACUCGGCCCUCAAUCCGGCCAUCUACACCAUCUUCAACAAGGACUUCCGGCGCGCCUUCAGGCGCAUCCUGUUCAAGUGAUGUUUGGCCUACGUGUGCUGCUACAGGUGCGUUUAUGCGAGCAUCGAGAAGGCUACCGAACGUGCCAUGGGCAGCACACCCAUGGGCUAUGGACAUGGCUCGUAUCAGCAUUACAGGCGUUAGAUUUGCUUCGAUUUGGUUUCAUACCUCAGUUCCCCUUAGAAUCCCAUUAAAUCCAUUUUCCCCCGAUGCGUGGGUUUGUUUUUCUUUAAAUUUUCAGUUUUAAAAACAAACAAAAAAGUAACGAACAUUGUAGCUCAUUUAAAAAGCAAUGAACGGCUGUGAAUUUGAUGGAAUCUCUCAAUUUCAAUUUACGCAUUUUGGUUUCGUUUCGUUUCUCGAGUACCCUUGAACCCAGCUCCCAGCUCCCAGUUCCCAGCUCCCAGUCCUUGCCUGCGAGACCGAACCCAAACCCAAACACUUUUCACACUCGAAGAGCUCAUAGAAAUGCAUGAGCUGGGCAAACAAGAAUUUCAGCUAAGCAAACAUCUAUUAUGCGCCCUCAAUGGAUGUCGACUGCGGCGUCAAUGGCCAUUCAACUUGAAAUAAUUUCGCAAAUUUCCAUUUGCGGCUGCAUUUGGAAUGCUGCACAGGUCCCAGCCGUUCGGUUUGGCUUCGGUCUGCCUUCAUUCCGGUGCUCCCCUCACCCUGAUGGACAGCUCUGCUGUGCAAUCUGUAAACGUGCGAACUGGCAGGUAACCCAAAUCCAAUGGCCUGCAGACCACCAUUGUGUUGGCUGCCAAUCCUAACUGAGGUCAACAAGCUUAGGUCAAAGGGGUGCUGCUGGUUAUACUCAUAAUGAUGAUGAUGCCGAUGGUUGCAACAAAUUAAUUUGAUUUCUAUUUAAUAUUUUGGCAAAGGCUCUCCGCGCGCUCUCUCUCGAAAUGCAAUUUGAAUGCCGCAGUUUGGCUGGUGGCCAGAUCAAUAAUUUCAUGUGCACAUAAAUGGAAAGUGGCAGUACGAGUACGAGUGUGGAAUCCUGCGCAGCCAACACACAAUUUGAUGUAACAAAGUGUGACCCACACACACACACACAGACAAGUACAGAGGCAUCGACAACGACAACGACAACGACAUUGGUGCGGAGAUAGAUUCCACAAGGCAGCUGCAGUUUUAUUCAUUCACUCAAAGAUAUAUUUCAGUUGGAGAAAAAUAAACGAAACGAAAUAUAUGAGAACCCCAAUGCCUAAUGGGCACAGACAAAUGCAAAUGUAGCUGCCACCACUCACCAUUUUCCCCUCCAUUUCCCACUUUAGCUCUUGGCCAAGGCAUCAGAAAAUGCAUGUGCCCGUCCGAGUGGAAUAGACAGCCCGCCCGUCAUCCCGUCAUCCAGUCGGACGGAUAGGCGGACCCAUCGUCAAACGAAACGCUACAAUGGCACGGAGACAGAACCAGGCAAAGCGGCAGUCAGUCAGUCGGACAGACAGUCGGACAGACAGACGGACAGACACUGUUUUUGGCAUGUGGCCCAAAACGGCUCUCCAUUUCGUUUGGCUUCUUUUCGCAGCCAAAGCCAAAGCCAAAGCCAAAAAAUGGAAUGGAAUAUGUGCAAAACGAGCCCAAAGAUACUUCUCCGCAGACACACAUAGAGACAGACAGACAAUCCUUGCAUACAUUUUACGUACAAUUUAUUUUACUCUCUCUGUGAUGUCUCCACUCGUCAUAUUUCUCGGACACUUUGUGGCAAGGUGCAACUAAAUCUUAGUGCCACCUGUAAACUCAAAUCUAGCAUCUAGCAUCGAUAACAAUCUGCAAUCACCGUGUUCUUGGGGCCAUCAAAUUUAUGGCAGCUCUCAGCAUACCUCCUCCCUUACUUUGCAGCUUAUUGGCCCUCUCAACACAUGGCAGAUAGAUCAAAUUUAUAGCCUCGGCCAUAGGCUGAGUGCUUGCGGUUGCUUCAGGCCUUUUAAAAUUGUUUAAGAGUGCAUAAAUAAUGGCUACGACCGAAUUCUGUCAGCCAGCUGGAGAACGAGAACGGGAACUAGAACGUACAUGUGUUCCAUGUGAACAAAUGGAAAUCGAAGCAAGAAAUUUGAUGGUGUUGAGAGACAAACAAGUUGAAAGCUCUGGCAGGGGCAGGCACCGAGGUUGGGUCUGGGUGCAUGCUUUUUUAUGGAUAACACUCUUCCUGUCGCACGCUCCUUCUGUAGUUUUUGGCAUUGUCAGCACUGUGUGUACAACAACUGCACUCAAAUGACAAUUUGAACAACGACAGCCAGUGCAACAAUACGACUACACACUAGCUACAACAACCAACUAAAUGGCUGAACAACAAAACACAAACAAAAAAAAAACA